CUGUCUGCGCGCAGCCCGAAGCCUUCUUGAUAGCUGGCCGAUGGCGCGCGCGGAGAGGAACAAGUGGGAGGCGUUCAAGAUGGUGAAGGAGGACAACGUGGAGGGCCUGCGGAGGAUCCUGUCGGAUCACCAGUACGACGAGUGGUCGCGCUGGCGGAACUACAGCGGCAAAACGCUGCUGGAGCUGGCCGAGUCGGAGCGUGACCGCGACAUGGGCGGCUUCAGCGACACCGCUAUGUACCUGCGCGAGCGGAUGAUGCGAGAGGGGAUCGAAUCCGGGACGAUCAGGCGCACGUCCCCGACCAUUAGGGAGCUCACCGUUGACGACCCAACGCCUGGCAGGUUCUCGCCGAGGCGUGUGAUCGAUCCAGGGGUCGGCAGGUAUCCAGUCAUGACGCACGUAGCUCGAGAGCCCGCGAUGACACAGUCGGUCAUUACCGAGCCAGUGUCGAUCUAUCAAGAGCCCGUGAGGACGGAGCACGUCAUCACCGAGCCGGUGGCUUACCAACAGCCCGUGAGGACACAUCAGGUCAUCACCGAGCCGGUGGCUUACCGAGAGCCUGUGGUCGCGAGGGAGCCCUCGAUACCGAGGGACCCGCAGGUGGUCAGCCCUAACCUCGUAGAGACAUCCGUGGAGGUGGGGGGAGCUUUUAGGACCACCCCAUCGUCGUGGAGGUUCCGCAGCACCAGGUCCACACGGUCACGAGAGAGGUCCCGCGCGUCAACGUCAUCGAGGCCACAGAGACCCACGAGGUAUGCGUGGACCACAGGGAGGAAUGCUUGGACGUAA